GGCAAGACAGGCAAGUUCUCUGCAACCUUUCUGUGGAUUUUUUUUUCUCAAGAUAACAAAUCAUUACAACUUUUUUUUUAGUGAAGGAAAAAAAACAAAUUCAAAUUGCAAUCUGCCGAAUUUCCGCCUGUUGAAAGUAAGAAUUUAGAUUUAUUGGUGUAUUCUUUUAAACAGGACCGACCAUGUGGUUGGUGGAUGUAUGAUUUAUGAUUUUUCACUGCGGAUUCUGAUUAGAUUUUUUUCUCAUGGUUUUUAUAAGCAACACAGCAGACUUUGUUUGGCCUUUUUGUUACACUUUGGAAGUCCAGAAAUGUCCGCAAACACUUGAAUUAAUGAGUUUUUGUUGAAAGAAGUUUAUUUGAUCAUUUUACCGGAGAUUUCAAACAUUGAGGUUGCCAUUUAGGAUUGGUUUGUUUCGCUUUAAUACGUGGAAUUUAUAUAUCUAGUCGGGAUGCUGACUUUAGUAGUUGGACUGUUAUACCUGGUCAGUGGACGCACGGUGCGGACCCAGGACGCUACAGGUAGCCGCUUCGUUUGUAACGCCAUUCCCCCGGGCGCAGAGCCGGGCUGCGGGUAUGGUCCGACGGGGAACCGUGUCCAAAGCAGCAGCUCCGUGGAGGACGAGCUGCGGAACACGAUCAUCCAGCUCCGGGAGACCAUUCUACAGCAGAAGGAGACUAUCGUGAGCCAACAGGGAACCAUCAAGGAGCUCAACUCCAAGCUGGCGCGCUGCGAGGCGGCAGCCGACGAGUCGUCGCAGGGCAAGUCCCGGGGUCAGGGCUCUAGACGGAAGGAGUACAGCAAGAACACAAUGGGGGACCUGCCCCGGGACCCCGGAGAGACUAUAGACCAGCUGGGCAAGACCAUGCAGAGUCUCAAAGGUCGGCUGGAGAACUUGGAGCAGCAGAGUUUGCAUCUCCCCAGCACGAAUGUGUCAGCUGGUAGUGUCUCGGCCCUGACUCCCCUGCCACCAGAGCUCCGGGAGCUGCUGCGGCAGCGUCUGGGGGCACUGGAGACCCAGCUCCUCCGGAAGGUGGCUGAGCUGGAGGAGGAGAAGAGCCAGCUUUACAAUGAAACAGCGGCCCACCGCCAACGCACUGAGAGUGUUCUCAAUUCCCUCCUGGAGAGGAUCACCGAACUUGAGAAAAGUAACAAUGCCUUCAAGUCACCUGAGGAUUUCAAGGUGUCCCUCCCUCUGCGCACUAAUUACCUGUAUGGACGCAUCAAGAAGAGCCUCCCAGAAAUGUACGCCUUCACUGUGUGCAUGUGGCUCAAGUCCAGUGCCAGCCCUGGCAUAGGAACCCCAUUCUCUUACGGCGUGCCAGGACAGGCCAACGAGAUAGUCCUCAUUGAAUGGGGGAACAACCCCAUUGAGCUUCUAGUGAAUGAUAAGGUGGCCCAGCUUCCUCUGUCUGUGAGUGAUGGGCGCUGGCACCACAUCUGCAUCACCUGGACAACCAGAGAUGGUUUCUGGGAGGCUUACCAGGAUGGCGAGCGCCUAGGCACUGGGGACAACCUAGCCCCCUGGCACCCAAUUAAACCUGGAGGGGUGAUCAUCCUGGGCCAGGAGCAGGACGUAGUCGGAGGCCGUUUUGACGCCACCCAGGCCUUUGUGGGCGAGCUGAGCCAGUUCAACAUGUGGGACCGAGUGCUGCGGCCUGUGGACAUCAUGGGCCUGGCCAACUGCUCGGCUUACAUGCCCGGCAACGUGGUUCCUUGGAUUGAUGCAAACGUGGAAGUGUUUGGUGGUGCAAGUAAAGCUGCUCUGGAGAUCUGUGAAGAUCGUGCUUUUGAUUCCUAAAGGAUCUGAUGUAAGGGAUCCAUUAUGGCCACUGGGAUCGAGAAGCUAAGUAUUCUGACUAUUUGUUGCUUCUGUCAAAUCCCAAAGGAAAGAGUUUUUACAUAUUUAUAUGGUCUGGUCAUGUAGUCUCAAAGACUCGUAUACUGGACUCAGAUUCAUGUGUUGAUGUGUCCAUUCAAUUUCAACCCCGAAGAUGUCACAUGAGACUUAAAAUUAAUCUGCUCAUCUGAAGAAGAUAUGCUGUUGCAUCAGUCUACUGUAAUGAUAUGACCUACUGUCUUUCUGUCUUUUCUCUUCUGCUUUCAUUUGACUCCUCUUUGAAAACAGCUUUUUUUGGUUGCAUUCCUUAUACUGACAAUGCUGCACUGUAUUCGUAGUGAAUGUGAGCUCAAGCAGGCUUUGAUGUGCUGUGGAACACUAUUCCUGAGUUACAUGGUAGAGUGCUACAUGCUGUGAGCACCCUCGCUGUUUGAAGAGCAAUGAGGCAUCGAACCAGAAUCUGACUGACAUGAAGUGGAUGCUCAUGAGUUCAAAGUGGACAAUUUGAUUAUUUUACGGCAUUCCAACAUGGCCGAUUGUCUAAAUAUUAUGCAUGAGCCCAAUUGGGGAAUGAGAGUCAGAUAAGAAGUGACAGUGCAUGCCUUCUGUCAGCACACAGAGAGUGUGUCCAAACAAGCCAACACAGCGUGCUGACAACAUUACGUAAGAGUGUGUGUGUCUGUGUAUGUUUAUGCGUGUAUGGCUUGUCUUGCGUGUUAAAAGACCAGAGAUUAUGAGGGAGGGAGGACAUUUUCAUUCUUGUAAAUCUAUGCUUAAUACCUCUCUGCCCCUUGAGCAGCUGCCAUAUCCCAAACAGCUUUAUGGGUAUGGCUCUGCUCAGGUUAAUAGCGAUGUCGGAAAGCUGCCCAGGACUGGCGUAUCAACAGAGCUGUGGACACCAGCCGAGUGCCCAGUGAGGGCAGGGACUGGGCUUGACCUUCGAGGACAAUCCUUAAAUCCUCAUCUGGGUAGUAAUUACUUCUGUUUAUGAAUGGGAGCAUGGAUGAGCAGCCACUGGUUUGCUGGUGUUUCUCAAAGUCUGUCACAAUCAAUAAAAUCUAGUGAUAUGGAGGGGUGUCAGAUGCACUCUAUGGACAUUAUGAAUGUUGCAAUGUCGCUGAACAAGAAGAAAAGUUUUGAUCCAUGGAUAUACUAUAAUUAAAAAAAAAAAAAGUAAAUCAACAGUGGAUUUAAAGAUCAAUGGCACCGCUUAGUGGAUAAAAUUGAUGCUUUUUGCAGCUUAAUUUAUGUUAGUCCUUAAUGUUGUGGUGGACAUUUGUUCAAUCCUGUUUGUUUUUGAUGAAGCAAUGUAAAAGAGGCAACAAGGACUUAACUUUGGUAUCACCUCCAAAGUUUCUAUUAUCCUCUGUAGACACAAAUAUAAAAGCCAUUUAAAAGCUUGUAUCCACGUUCAAAAAAAAAAAAGUAGAUAUGAUGCAGUAGGUUACUGGACAGCGCAGAAUGUUGAUAAAAUGAGGGUGCACACUCAACAUUAUUAGGACUUGUUGAAUAUGUCACCAACAUGUUGUGAUUGUUCCUCUUUUGGGUGUCUUUGUUAACAAUGCUUCGAUGUAAAAUCAAGAGUUUUCUUUCCUGUAGAAAGUGUAUCUUUCCUGCUUUUUCUGCUCAUGAAUUUUGUUCAUUAACAACACAUUAUGGAGAAAAAAGCAGAAUUAUUUAUAAAAUAUAAUUUGUUUUAAAUUGUGAAUUGCCUUUUGUGAGAACCAUAUGUGCUUUUGCUUGUGGACAAUUCAAACCUUUUUGUCAGCUUUUUAAAGCACAAACAGCACACUAGCAGUGCAGACGACAACGGACACAAGAAAAUGAGAAAUGUGUUUGCUAUCUUUGUUUUAAAGUCACUUUCAUGUGCAGUGCCCAUUUAUAAGUUUUGCACCUUUCUGCCAUGUGGUUGAAUGUCCUUUUGCACCCAAUAAAAGAGUCAGCAAGUUCCAGAGGUGUGACAAUUAAAGCAGUGACUC